AUGGUGAUGCGUCGGGGCAAGAAUGGACCAGAGCCCAUGAUGAAGCCAGAUGCCAUCUUAUUUUACUACCGAUACAUGUUCGGGGUGGAUCUUUCUGAUCAGCUGCGGUCUUAUUACGCUGUCGGCCGCAAGAGUGUGAAGUGGUGGAGGUAUGUGCUCUGGUUCGUUGUUCAGAUGUCCCUGGCCAAUGCGUCAAUACUUUUCAAAGCCGCCAACCGCCCCUUGCCUGGAAAUCAGCACCCGUUCAGCCAGCUUCGCUUCCGCCUGUCGUAUCGUCGCUUGUCGCUGGCAACAUCAGCAGGGGAAGCGAACCACUCAACAGCUGGGCUCGGAUCGUCGCUGAGCUCUGACCAUCAGAUCUCCAGGAUGCACGGCCGCGAAGCUGUCUGCUAUGAGGGCAGCAGAAACAAAGUAAAAACACCCAAAGGUCGGCCACCUGAAACGUGUUAUGGGUGCCUUAUUUGCAAAAGCCGGUUAUGUAAAGGGAAGUGCUUUGCAAGUUUACACCAGAGGCUUGCUAAGCUUCAAUCUUAG